AUGUCGGACAGAGAUCUAUUCCUUGCGUAUGGGGCUCUAAUGGCCGGAGCUCUAGUGCCAAUCUAUCACGGCUCAUUCGCAUCUCUGCCGCCAUCCAAGGCGCCCAAGUCCAAGGCGAUCAAAGAUGCUGCAGACGCUUCGGACUCUGAUGUAGAUGACGAUGAGGACCAAGAAGGUCUGCACACCGAGACUCUUACCUCUGAAGAAGCUUGGAUGUUCCCCGUGCUCGGUAGCGCCGUGCUCCUCAGCAUGUAUCUCGUAUUCAAAUAUGUGGACAAGAAGUACGUCGAUCUGGUACUUGGCGCCUACUUUGGAGUUGUGGGUGGUCUGGCGGUGUGGAAGACUUUCGGCGCCAUCGCCAAAGGUGUUCUCGGCAAGGCAAUUUGGAAUAACUUUACUUCCUAUAAACUCAGAGUCAAUCGCUCGGCUGGCGCUAGCAAGCAAGGUUCGAAUGUCAAGACACGCUCGCAAAGCAAGAAGGACAAGGAAGGCGAGGAAAUCUUUGUCGGACGCCUUUCCAUCCUGCAGCUACCCUUGCUGGCGCUGAGCGGCAUCAUCGUCGGCCUCUACCUUUGGACGCGUCAUUGGGCUCUAUCCAACAUUCUCGCUCUCUCGCUCUCCCACAAUGCCAUUUCCCUGAUGGCAUUGGACUCUUUUCGAACGGGCUCCAUCAUGCUUGGCGGUUUGUUCCUCUACGACAUCUUCUGGGUCUUUGGCACCGACGUCAUGGUCAGUGUGGCGCGAGGCUUCGAUGGGCCCAUCAAGAUUGUCUGGCCGAAAAAUUUUGUUCAGGGAGUGUGGGAGAUUGCUAGCGGCGCUCCUCAGCCCAAGUGGCAGUUGACGAUGCUUGGACUUGGGGACAUUGUAAUUCCCGGCAUCUUUAUCGCCCUGGCUCUCCGCUUCGACCUGCAGCAGCACCGAGCACAGAACCCGACAAGCCGAACGCGCACGCAUUUUGCGCGCCCUUACUUUGUCGCAUGCCUAACGGCCUACAUCCUCGGCCUCUCCACGACUAUGGGAGUCAUGCACUUCUUCCAAGCUGCUCAACCUGCCCUGCUAUACCUCUCUCCGGCUUGCGUCGGAGCCAUCCUGGGGACGAGCUUGGUCAAGGGAGAGUUUAGCAAGGUUUGGAACUGGACGGAUGAGAGCGAUGAGGAGCGCGAGAAGAGGGAAAAGGAGGAGAAGAAAGAAAAGUAA